GGUAGAUAGCGGAAGAAAAAUGGCCGGGUUGUCAGAAGAAGUGUUUUCUCUGUGAUGGUCUGGGACAAAGAAGGUUGAUUUCAUCCUAAAGUGGGACUCAGACAGCAGCAUGGAAGAUAAGAAUGAGAAACCUGCUGUUGCUCCUCCGGUUUUUGUGUUCCAAAAAGAUACAGCACAAAAGAGGUCAGCAGAGGGAUCCAGCACAGAGGAUGGAGAGGACUCUGAUAAAGAAGAUGGCAGUUACUGCCCUGCGUCUAAGAGAGGAAGAACAUCGCCUUUCACACAGUCCCCACCCGCCCAAUCCGUUUCUAAGAAUAAUGUUUUCAUGCCAUCCAGUUCUUGUCAAUCACCAACUUCAAACUCCGACUCAGAUGCAGAACCUGAGGAGAGGAUGGUGGGGUUUUGUCUGAAGCCCCCCACAUUGAUCCACGGCCAGGCUCCAAGUGCUGGUGUCCCGAACCCGAAACCCAAAGAAGCUCAGCGCAGCAUCCUGCGACCUCCAGUGCUGCAAGCCCCACCGGCCCGAACUCUCCCUCGGAGUGACACAAGCAACAGAAGUUCAAAUGGACUAACAAACUCCUUGGAAGCAGAAGGUGAAAGUAUCUCAGUGGUCUCGAAUGCUGGCACAGAGGAUAAUAACAUGUCAUUGGUGGGUAAAAGUUGUGACUCAUCUGAGAGGGAAAAUACAGAUUGUCCUUCAGAAACUUCAGUGGAAGCAAAUUACUUUUUACAGUACAUCAAUUUCAGUGAACAGAAAGCUGACAACAGCAGUGCCAACUGUGCGAAGUUUGUUUUUGGACAGAACAUGUUGGAACGUGUUUUGGCUCUGCCGAAAUGCAGCUCUGAUCCGAGAGGGGGCAGCAGCGAGCCACAGCCAGAGAUUGGGCUCUUCAGCCAGCUUUCCUCCUCGCAAGAUCACAGCCUAGAGAAGAGUGACAACACAAAAGAGUCUCUUGAAGAGUCUGCAGCACGGCAUGAAGCACACAAAACUCAGAAGUGUUUAUUAGAGCGAGUUGAGGUCAAGACAGGAGAGGAGUCUGAGAGCAAUGUGCUACAGAUGCAAUGCAAGUUGUUUGUGUUUGAGAUGGUGUCUCAGUCUUGGGUGGAGAGAGGAUGUGGAGUGCUACGGCUCAAUGAUAUGGCAUCUGCUGAAUACGGCACCUUACAGUCCAGACUGGUCAUGAGGACACAGGGAAGUCUUCGAGUGAUCCUCAACACAAAGAUUUGGUCUCAGAUGCAGGUGGAUAAAGCCAGUGAGAAGAGUCUAAGAAUAUCAGCUAUGGACAAAGAGGAGCAGGGCAUCAAAGUCUUCCUAAUUUCUUCCAGCUCUAAGGAUGCUGCCCAGUUGUAUGCAGCCUUGCAUCAUCGUAUUCUGGCACUGCGGAACAUUGGUGGUAAAGAGUCUAAUGCCCCUUCAGCUUUUCCUGCGGGUGAGGUCAUCUGCUUCAGCGACGAUGACGAGUCCCGCACACCCCCUGCAGUAGCUACACCUGCAUCAGGUAAUCCAGAGGCAGGUGUGCAUCCAUCCACAGGGGACAAAUAGUGCUGAAUCUGCUGCUGAUUCCAAGCCCACAAUGCCUCACUGCAGUCCUCUUACUAUGCAGGUGUUUAUCUCUAAACUUAAUCUGUGGGUAUACUGUAGUCGUAUGCUCCUUAGUUUAUUAGAUUAUUUUUUUAUUUAUAGAACUGGACAUGUAACAAUCUCAAUGUCAUCAUAUUGAUGAGAACAAGCUUUUGUUUUAGUUUGAGUGAACAGUCACAUGCAAGCAGUAUUUUUUAUUUUUUUGUGUGUGUGAGGUUUGAUUUCUUUCAUACAGUACAAAACAUGGCUGUGUAUUUUCCCAUUUCAACUUCCAUCAAUGGUCUCAAAUGUCUAGAAAUGGUUCAGAAUCAGAAACCUUUACAAUGCAGCCCUGAAUUGAGGUAUAACCCAUUUAGUUCACAUUUGUUCAGUCUCUUCAUUUAACUUGUGCUGCACAUCAGAUAUUAUUUUGCUUUUAAUCAUCAUUAAAGUGUGGUUGUAACUCCAACUUGUACUCUUAGUUUAAAUGGUUGUUAUUAGAGGAGUGAACCUCAUGUUAAGGCCACACCUCUCACACAAAAGAACAGUUGUACAUUGUAGUACAUUUACAGUACUGUAAAUUGUCAUACUUGAAACAAGGUCAAUGCAAAAGUACUUUUUCCACACACAUUAUAUUUUUAUUAAUAUGUUCUGUAUAUUAGUUAGUAUUGUACAUGGUUUAGGAGACCAAAUAUUAUAGUAUAUAAAAUAUGUUACUAUAGAAAUGUAUUCUUCUUGUAAAAAAUACGUUCCAUAUUGUCUGUUACAGGUUGGUUUGUGUGGUGGGGAUAUAAUGUUUUUUUUUUUUUUUUUUGAAUGAGGAGCUUCCGCCAUUAGAUCAGCAAAAUGUAGAUUAUAUGCAUGGUUCUCACUGUAUCGAGGGAAUUUUGUUAACAACAUUACAGAUCUGUAGGUUUUCAGGGAUUUUUUUUAUUUUAUUAUUAUUUUUUUUAUAUAAAGUUGAGCAAUGUUUUCUUUGAAAGAACUGAAUCGCAUUUGAAAAUCUGCAAUUUUUUUUUUUAUAUUUUUUAUUUUAAAUAAAACAUUUGAAAAAUGUUAUGGCAAUUAAUCACAUUGCCCCCUCCCCCCAUUCUAAGUAACCUUGUGAUAAGACAACGUAAUGUAUAGAAAAUAUGUUGAUUCUAAAGUAUAUAUACACAUCACAGGAGUAUUUGUUGUGCUUCCUUUUAGUUUAUGCUGAUUUAAAAAAAAUAUUUAAUGAUUUUAAAAAAGCCCGGAAAGCUGAUUUAAAAAAAAAAUAUUUAGGGAUUUAUUUAAUUUUUCUUUUGAUUCUGUGGUAAAAUAUGUCUCAAACAAUUAUUUGUGAGAUUCACUCAUUAUACUUUUUCAAGAUUUGUUUGGAAGAAACUAAACCUAGUUCAUCUUCAUUUAUUGAAGGCAGUUGAUCAUCCAGUGUGGAUCAGACUCGUGACUCAUGAGGUACAUUACUGCCUAACAACUUGUGUGACUCUCACGCAGUUAAGCCAAAAAACGGCUUUCCCCCUCUGAAUAAUGUAUGCUGCUGAACUAUUAUAUGCCCAAUACACUGCCAGUGUUUGGUACUCAUUUGUAGCAUAUUUUAAUAAUACAAAAUGUGACUAUGGGAAACAGUGUGUAAUACAGUUCUCCAUGUAAAUGGAGGGACUCUUUGUGCAGCUGAAGAGCAGGAUGCAUAGCAACAGUUUGACUGUUAAGUAAUGUGUAGCUGUUUUUCACCUAAAUGUGUUUAAACCAGUGGAACAGGUUACUACCCAAGUAGUUUUAUAGUAGUAUACUCUAAAAAGAUGUUCAUUUGAAAACAUAUUUUAAUUACAAUAUUGUACAAAAUAAAACUAGAGAUAUAUUUAGAUAUGUUGGUCAAUAUGCUAAGAAGACAGAUUUAGCAAUGAAAUUUGAAGUUGUAAUUUUUAGUCACAUUACCAUUUAGAUUUUUAGUGUUUAGAUUUUACUUUUUACCAACUAUAGCACCUAAAUUAUUGUUGUUUUGUAUUCAUAUGUAUGUUGUCCUUUCUCUUCCUCUUUACAUUCUGUUUCUCCACUUCAGAAUGAAUGUGUAUAUUGGCCCCUAAAAUUGUCUAAAUUGCUUUGCAUUAGAAAACAAGAUGAAACAAAGUAUGCUAGACAUUUAGAAUUGAGCUUUUUCCAUUUUUCAGUUACUUCAAUUUUCCUUGUAUUUUAAACCAACUGGUCCCACUGUGAUUUUAGUGGAUGUAUGAAGUCAGUUCACACAAGUGCUCUAGCAGAUUAAAUAGUUUUGUCUCCAUUUUGAACAAUCUACAUAUUGUAUUAUAAUUUUAUAAAUUCUUUUUGUGAAAUGUUUUGCUUGCAAAUGUGUUGUGCUAUAGUUCUUUACAAAAAUGGACCCUUGGUUUGAUAUUUUGUUAUAAAUUGCAAAGACUUUAAUUUGUUUUUAAGUGUGACCGAAGUGUCCAAAUAUGUUUGUGGGGCCGCUAUAUGUCCAUAAAAGGUUUCUAUUGUUAGAUGUUUCCCAUCAAUAUGAAAGCAUGUAAAUUGGCAGAACUAAAGGUUUACGAAACCGAUGUUUGCAUAGGAAGAGUUGAUUGAUGUAAAUGUUUAUUUACAUUGUGUGUUGCAGCACAUGUACUGCAGCAUACACUCCUGGUCUUUUAUUGUUCCAUGUUGGGUUGUUUGUGUAAACCUCAGAGAGACUGUGAACACACGGGUGCUAUUUCUGGUCCAGAAUCACUCAACUGCACUGGUCUUGUGGUUUUAAUAUACAAUUUCACUCUGAUGGAAGUGAUUUAGAGAUGAUUUAGAAGGGCUAGGCUGCUAUUGGACUUAAGCAUCUGUUGACUUCACUGGGAUAAUUAUCAUCUUCUUUUUUUUUUAUCAUAAUUUGGAAAAGUGUAAUGAUUGUCAAAUGUUGUUGUCAGUGUGGUCAGUAAUAGACAUUGCUGUUUUCCAUGAACCAUGUGGCAAGUUGAACCAUUAUAAAACAUAAACCUGGAAUGUUCAAAUAAUCUUGUCCUUUUUUCUCUAGAAGUUUUCUUUUGGCCAUCGAGCAUCCUAGUC